AUGGCUCCCUUCGAUCUAGACGCGUGCAUACAGCAACUCCUCCGCAAACAACUCCUACACGAGGCCCUUCUACGAGAGAUAUGCGAGAAAACAAAAGAGGUCCUCAUGCGCGAGUCCAACGUCGUUCACGUCAGUGCGCCAGUAACAGUCGUUGGUGAUAUUCAUGGCCAGUUCUACGAUCUCGUCGAGAUAUUCCGGAUAGGUGGUUAUGCACCACAUACCAAUUACCUUUUCCUUGGCGACUAUGUUGACCGCGGACUCUUCAGCGUCGAAACUAUAUCCCUAUUAACGUGUCUUAAGCUACGAUACCCGGAUCGUGUUCAGUUGAUAAGAGGAAAUCAUGAAUCGAGAGCUGUUACUCAGACAUACGGUUUCUAUACCGAGUGUGUCCGGAAGUAUGGAACAUCGAGGGUGUGGACCUACUUCACCGAUAUGUUCGACUUCCUGACCCUGUCAGUAGUCAUCGACGACAAGAUUUUCUGUGUACACGGCGGCCUAUCCCCGUCAAUACACUCAAUUGAUCAAAUAAAGGUCGUUGACCGAUUCCGAGAAAUCCCACACGAAGGACCAAUGGCAGACUUGGUAUGGUCCGAUCCUGAUCCUGAGAAAGAGGACUUUGCAAUAUCUCCACGGGGUGCUGGCUACACGUUUGGCUCUGGCGUUGUCCACAAGUUUCUGGAAACGAAUAACAUGUCUCACAUACUUCGAGCCCACCAACUGUGCAUGGAAGGAUACGCGUCUUUAUUCGACAAACACCUGUCGACCGUAUGGUCCGCGCCAAACUACUGUUAUCGGUGUGGGAACCAAGCGAGCAUCCUGGAAGUCGGGCCCGGUGGCUCCAUGUACUUCAAUGUAUUCGAGGCAGCCCCGGAGAACGAAAGAGACGGACCACUACAUCAGGCCGCCCAAAAUGCUGGUGGGAAGUUGCCAGAGUACUUCCUGUAAGGAUUGGAAGCCAUGUGAUUUUAGCACGACCUUAUGCACCUUGUAUUGGAAUCUUCCACGUUACGGUUUGUAAUAUUUCGCAGAUGUUUAUUCGUGGCGUCGUCCACUCGCAGAUACCUUCGCUCUCGUAUCGGAGUAAUUAUACGUGC